CGAGGCGCUCGGCCGUCCCGAUGGAUGCGGCCGGUGACAGAACUAUGAGAGGUCUCUGAAGAGAGAACGGGAUGAACGGGAGGACUGGCUGUUGCUGACAGCUCAGAGGAAGGAUGCCCGGCUUGCUGCUGCCUCUUCCAGCCUCCUGUGAGGCUGCAGGACUUGCUUUCAUCCUGGUGAUCGCUCGGCUGAAGCUGGACAAUCCGUGCCAGCUGCUGCCCUGCCCUGUGGGCUGCUGGCAGGUCCUGCUGGACGGCAUGGGCGCAUCUCUGGGGCUGCUCGGUGAGUCUGUGAUCUGUUUGGCCACAGACUCGGGGCUUUCUUCAGCUGUGCUUUGGGCAUCGGCACCGUGAGAGUCACAGGGCAGCGGCUGCAGGACUGUGCCGAUAAAAAUGUUGUCUACCGCACCAACGCUUCCCUUAAGUAACGUGAAAUGAUGGUUAAUCUUGGGACUGAGGGGCGUGAGGCGCAAAUCGCUUCGUGCUGCCGUUUGACUUUUAGGGCUGGAGGCGUGUAAGCGUUGUGUUUGCUUUUUUUAUGCCUGAGCAGGUGUGGCUGGGAGCAGCCAGCAGGCGUCGAUGAUGGCAUUUCGUUUCCCUUUUUAUCUCUGAGUCACAAACUUGCAGCGUGCAGCCUGCUGUCCCUUCUUUACCUCUCAUCUCAGUGCAACCUGCUGCAUGGGAGCAGCCAGGAUGCAUGCGCUGCAUUGGAUCCCAGCCCUCAUUGUGGCUGCUGUCAUUCCUUUCUUUGCUCUGUGCCCUGCCUGCUGCUGCUGCACCUGCAGGUCGGAAAGGAAAAGCAUUUGGUGACCUACAUCAUUCUCCCUGCAAAAUGGAGUGACUUUAGAAUGGCUCCCCGUGGUAAACUUUUUUUUUCCCCUUGAUUUUGCUCGGUCAUCUUAAAUAGCCCUAGCUAAUAGCUAGUGGGUUGGAUAGCUAUUAUUUUUCUUAGUACAAAGGGAAGGUCGAUACCUGGCUCUGUGUCCCUGUGCUCUGCCAUCCAGAGCCCAGAGUGCAGAUGGAGCGAUUGCUCUGCCCAAGAGGAGCAGGAGGAAGCAGUAACUCCUGCUGGGCUUGAGACCUCCACUGUGCAGUGACUCUUCCUUUAGUCUGCAAAAUCAAUUUUAAGAUAUUAAGGCAGAAAAAUUAAAAAAAAAAAACGUGUUGUGGUUUUCUUUCUUACGGUGUGUCAUACUCAAAUUUGGUGCUGAUUUUUACAGCUCUCAUUUCUCUUUUAUGCACAGGCGUGCUGUGAGCCUCGUGUUUCCCUUCAAGAGCCCCGUCAUUUGGCUUAUUUUGCUUGUGAAGUGAUUACACUCUUGUACAGAACGUUUGCCCUUAGAGCCAUAAGAUCUGCUGUCAGGCCCGGAGCGCUGGCAGCGUGGCCAUAGGCUGCAGCACAUCACUGAGUGCCCCUGGGCCAAGCAUGUUGGUGGGAGAUGCCCCACGGGUGGCUGCAGGGUCUGUGGCAACGUGCUGGAGCCCACCUUGCCUUCCUUUUCCAGCAGACAGGGAUCUUGUGCAACUGGAGGCAGCGACAUUUGGUCCGACAGCCACCGCCAAGAUCUUCUGAAUUUGGCUCCUGAUUAAAGCUGACAGAUAAUGGAAACAUUUCCUCGGCGAUGUCUCUGGGGCGACUCCUCCGACGUGCCUCCUCUAAAGCUUCUGACCUCCUGACCCUGAAUCCUGGUGGCAGCAGCACUUCAUCUUCCAUUCUCGAUGGGGAGAUUAUCUACUCCAAGAACAAUGUCUGCGUCCACCCACCUGAGCUGCUGCAGGGCAUCGGGGAGCACCACCCAGGCUAUUUGUGCCUGUACAUGGAGAAGGAUGAGCUGCUCGGCACCACUCUCAUCCUCGCCUGGGUCCCAAACUCACGCAUCCAGAGGCAGGAUGAAGAAGCCCUGCGUUACGUCACUCCCGAGAGCUCCCCAGUCCGCAAAGCUCCCCGCAAACGAGGCCGCCACGCUCAGGGAUUUGGCACUGCCCAGCAGGCUUCUCCCACCGAGCCAAAAGGGCCAGUGGUCCUGAAGGAAGACAUCUUGACUGUGUCUCAGCUUGUGAAGGACGGGGCUUACAUCAGUUCCCCUUCUUUGGAUGGGGAGAAGCUGCCCCAGAGCUGUGUGGCAGCAGAUGGUGCCCACCAGUCCCCGCAGCCUGCCCGCAGCGACUCAGGAAUCCUGUCGACAAUCAGCUCUCAGGAUGAGCAGAACAGGUCAGAGCUGUCGGUGGAGGAAGGGCUGGACUGCAGGCCAGAGCCAGGGGAGGACGAGGGCUCCCUGGAGCUGUUUGCUGAUGAUGUGAGCAGGGACAGUACUUUCGACUCUGAUUCUGAUGCCUUCUCUUCCCCGUUCUGCCUCUCUCCCAUUAGCGAAGCCCUUGUGAAAAGCAGUAGUUCUGUAUUUCUGGAUAACGAAACCAGGGACACAGGUGAUGGCUGCAGGGACACAGGUGAUGGCUGCAGGAAUGCAUGUGAUGACCACAUGCCACGUUCCCACUGCUGCACGGAGAGCCCCAACGGCAGCACCCAGAGCCCAGAGAGCAGCGGGCGAACACAGGGAGAGGAGCAGCAGAAGGUGGGAGCCCUAGAGCAGAUCUGCGGAGUCUUCAGAGUGGACCUGGGACAAAUGAGAUCCCUGCGCCUUUUCUUUAGCGAUGAGGCAUGCACCUGUGGGCAGCUGGUAGUCGCCAGCCGGGAGAGCCAGUACAAGAUCUUCCAUUUUCACCAUGGAGGCCUGGAUAAAGUGUCAGAGGUGUUCCAGCAAUGGAAGUACUGCACCGAGACCCACCUGAAGGAGCAGGUAGCGGGCAAGCUCGCUGAUGAGAAGACAUGCAUGCAGUUCUCCAUCCGUCGGCCCAAACUGCCCUCAUCAGAGACACACCCGGAGGAGAACGCAUACCGGCGCCUCGAUGUGUCAGCAUGGCUCAGCCACCUGAACCACUGUGGGCAAGUGGAGGAGGAGUACAAGCUGCAGAAGGCCAUUUUCUUUGGUGGGAUCGAUAUGUCCAUCCGUGGGGAAGUGUGGCCUUUCCUGCUGCACUACUACAGCUACGAGUCCACCUCUGAGGAGAGGGAGGCACUGAGGGUGCAGAAGAGGAAGGAGUACUUUGAGAUCCAGGAGAAGAGGCUUUCCAUGUCUCCAGAUGAGCAGAAGGAUUUCUGGCGCAAGGUGCAGUUCACAGUAGAUAAGGAUGUUGUGAGGACUGACCGCAGCAACCAGUUCUUUCGAGGGGAAAACAACCCCAACGUGGAAACAAUGAGGAGGAUCUUGCUGAACUAUGCAGUGUUUAACCCAGCAAUUGGGUAUUCCCAAGGCAUGUCUGACCUGGUCGCCCCAAUCCUGGCAGAGGUCCUGGAUGAGUCGGAUACUUUCUGGUGCUUUGUUGGAUUGAUGCAGAACACCAUCUUCAUCAGCUCACCCCGGGACGAGGAUAUGGAGAAACAGCUGAUGUACCUGCGGGAGCUGCUGCGGCUCAUGCACCCACGCUUCUACCAGCACCUUUCUGCCCUGGGGGAGGACGGCCUGCAGAUGCUCUUCUGUCACCGCUGGAUCCUCCUCUGUUUUAAACGGGAGUUCCCCGAUGCUGAGGCUCUGCGCAUGUGGGAAGCAUGCUGGGCACACUACCAGACAGACUACUUCCACCUCUUCAUCUGUGUGGCCAUCGUGGUGAUUUAUGGGGAUGAUGUCAUUGAACAACAGCUGGCCACCGAUCAGAUGCUGCUGCAUUUUGGCAACCUGGCUAUGCACAUGAAUGGGGAACUCGUACUCAGGAAGGCGAGGAGCCUGCUCUAUCAGUUCCACCUGCUGCCCCGCAUCCCCUGCAGUCUGCACGACCUGUGCCAGCUGUGUGGGACGGGGAUGUGGGACAGCGGCUUCAUCCCUGCAGUGGAGUGCUCUGGUCACCAUCCCGCAGCUGAGGGCUGCCCCUAUGGGGGGCUGGUGGAGGAUUCUUCUCCCAAGACAGGAGGUGAAGGCAGGAGAAGCGUGAAAACACACGACAUCUUCAAUUUCCGAAAAUAGCUGGAGAGGAACAGGGCGCGCCAGAGGAAGAGGGAAGGGCAGGAAGGAUGUGCAGAGGAAAAAUGUGGAGGACAAAAAUGGAGGGGAGGCUUGUCAAGGCUCCGGAGAGAACUGGAAGGGGGAGAAUGGAAGAGGGAUGGAGUCUGUCUGCAGGAGAAUGCCACUGCACGAGCGGAGGAACUGGAGCGAAACGCACCCAACCAGGAACAGCAUUUGCACGUGCUUGGAUUUGAUUUUCAUAGGAACACAAAGUGUUUCUAGAUCUUCACAAGGACUUUUUUACUCUGCUUUUGGGACUGGACUGGUUAGGAACCAGAAGUUGUACCUUGCUGAUGAGAAACAUGAACAUUAAUGAGAGCCGAGUGCCCCCAGCAGUGUGUGUGGCUGGGGUUGGGGGGCAGGGCCCUGCAGCAUCCCUGUACCCCGGGCACACGUGCUUCAACCAGAACAAUGCCUCUUGGUGGCUUCUCUCUAACACCACGACGAUCAUUUUAAUUACAAUCUGCCAAAAACAAACCUGCAGACUGCAGGGAACGUAUCUGCUUUGUCGGUGAGGAAGAGCUGGUCACCUGAAGGCCGUCUCUCUCUCUCUGUGUUUUUACAUGGCAUGCCUGCUGGCAUGAUUCUUCUCCUUUUGUACAGAGAGUGUACAGCCACGGGUCUUAAAGCACUGCUUUCUGUAGUCAGGGUAUUUCAUAGACACCUUUUGGAGUUUACUUCUUUGUGACAUUACAGCAAAGCUGCUGCUUUAUGCUGCCAGCCACAGACUUUAGACCCUUGUUUAUGGAAUUCUGUUGUUUCUAGUGUGUUUCCAACGUGUUCCCUUUGGCUCUUCCCUAUGACUGAAUAUUUUCUGUCCUUAUUUGUUUUUGCCAUAGGCACUGGGGCAGACCCACAAUCCUCAGCUGAUGCCACCCGUAUGCACUCUUCCCCAUCCUGAAAGAAAAACAAAACUUGGUUUGUUGCAGUUGUUUUUGCUGAGCUGUCUUUGGUAAACGUUUCCCUUGAAGUAUUUUUGGAAGGACAGCAUGUUUUCACUGCUGCCUUCUAUAAAAUCUGCCAACUGGAAGCUGUGCUGGGGCCUUGAGUGCAGCCAUGUUGCCAAAUACGAAACGUCCUUACCAAAUCCACUGGCAGCCAAAGGUGUGUCCUGAGCCAAAGCUUGUGCCAAGCAGAGCCUGGGGAAAGCUUCCUUAGGAACAGACAUGGAGAUGGGGUAGCAGAGGGCACCUCGAGGCCCCAAUGCUGUCCCUGGGGCAUCUCUGGAGGGUCCAGCACUGCCCCUGCUGCAGCAAAUAGGAGGCAAUGGGAAGAAAUGAAGUCGGUAAUUUCUGGCGUUAGUUUUUCUGCCAUUGAAAUGUCAUUCAGCGAUGUGGAAAUCACUCAGGAUUUGUUUGGUGACAGACAAACAGCACUGCGGUUCUCCCACGCGUGGCACAGCCCAAAGCAGUGCACUGCUGGGAUCUCCUUGCCCCUGCCUGCUGCCACCCAACGUCCCAUGGUGGAUUUCAGACAUCUGCAGCGCGAUGGCCCCAGUGUUGGCUGCUGGUAACUCACAGUGCCUCUAUUAAAUUCACACUAAAUGUCCACAGA